AUGCUACAGAAUCCUGGUGGACAGGGAGGCAAUAUGUCUGGCAACUCAGACGCACCACAAGUGGACACGUCCGAGCAGAUAUACAUUUCUUCUUUAGCGCUGCUGAAGAUGCUCAAGCACGGUGCGGCAGGAGUGCCCAUGGAGGUCAUGGGUCUGAUGCUGGGGGAGUUUGUGGACGACUACACGGUGAAGGUGGUGGAUGUCUUUGCCAUGCCCCAGUCUGGCACAGGCGUCAGUGUUGAGGCGGUCGACCCUGUCUUCCAGACAAAGAUGCUGGAUAUGUUGAAGCAGUGUGGAAGGCCAGAGAUGGUGGUAGGAUGGUACCACAGUCACCCUGGCUUUGGCUGCUGGCUUUCAGGAGUGGACAUCAACACCCAGCAGAGUUUUGAGGCGCUGAAUCAGAGGGCAGUAGCGGUGGUGGUGGACCCCAUCCAGUCUGUGAAGGGCAAGGUGGUCAUUGAUGCUUUCAGGUUGAUAAACCCGCAGACGAUGAUGCUUGGGCAGGAGCCGCGGCAGACCACCUCCAACCUGGGCUACCUCAACAAGCCCAGCAUCCAGGCGCUAAUCCACGGCCUGAACAGGCACUACUACAGCAUUGCUAUCAGCUACCGCAAGAAUGAGCUGGAGGAGCGCAUGCUCAUGAACCUGCAGAAGAAGGCCUGGACGCACGGCCUCACCCUCAAGGACUUUGAGACGGUGACGAAGGACAACGCGCGCGCUGUGAGCGAGAUGAAGACGCUGGCAGACAGCUUUGAGCGCGAGGUGGCGGAGGAGGGUGAGCUGGAGCCGAGCGCGCGCAGCGUGGCACGCGUGGGCAAGAUGGACGCAAAGAAGCACCUGGACGCGCGCCUGAACGAGCUCAUGUCCGCCAACAUCAUGCAGUGCAUGGCCACCAUGCUCGACACCCUUGUCUUCUAA